AUGGCUAAUAAUCGGCGCAAAAGAAAGGUACCUACUAAGUUUGGUGAAUAUGGUGGACCUAGCAGUGAUGAUCAAUUUACAGGGUCCGAAAACUUACGGGUUAAUACUUUUAACUGCAUAUUGGACUCCCUAUACUCUGAAAUUAAGAAAGGUGAGUAUAAAUAUUCUAAUCUUCACAAUAGGUUUGAUUUUCUUGAAACUAUCAAAAGUCUUGAGACAUCUGAUAUCACCAAAUGUGCAAGAAAACUAUCGAGUACGUAUCAUGAAGAUCUUGAGCCUGUUGUUGUGGACGAGUGUUUACAUGUAAAAGCAUUUUUGUUGAAAAACUGA